GUUGUCCCUCCGUGGUGUCGUGGUGUAACCGGCAGAACGUGCACGGACCGUAUUACAUGACAUUUCAACGCACCAAUCAGCCGCUGCGGAGCUGAUUGAGUCUACUUCCCUACACUGGAAUAGCUGAGGGGAAACGGACGGACGGCACACGGAUAUCUCAUCAUCAGCCCAGUCUGAGCGCCCAGAUAGCCUGUGAGAGAGUUCGGAGAUCCAGCGGGCCAUCGAUUCCUCUUUCGACCCGGUCACAGUGUCUGCUGCAGGGGAGAUGGCCGGUAUUCUGGCGUGGUUUUGGAACGAGAGGUUCUGGCUCCCCCACAAUGUAACCUGGGCUGACUUAAAAAACACAGAUGAGGCAACGUUCCCGCAAGCCGAGGAUCUGUAUCUGGCGUGUCCUUUAGCAUUCUGCAUCUUUAUGAUCCGGCUCGUUUUCGAAAGGUUUAUCGCGAGACCAUGCGCCAUGGGCCUGAAGAUCCAAGCCAACGGGCCACAGAAGGCACAACCCAACGCCAUCCUGGAGAAGGUUUUCACGGCUAUAACCAAGCACCCAGAUGAGAAGAGGCUGGAGGGUCUGUCCAAGCAGCUCGACUGGGACGUGAGAACCAUCCAGCGCUGGUUCAGACAACGACGCAACCAGGAGAAGCCCAGCACUCUCGCCCGAUUCUGUGAAAGCAUGUGGAGAUUUACGUUCUAUCUAUACAUAUUCACCUACGGAGUGCGUUUCCUUAAAAAGACUCCGUGGUUGUGGAACACUAAAGAGUGCUGGUACAACUACCCUUACCAGCCACUGACUGUGGACAUCCAUUAUUACUAUAUACUGGAGCUGUCUUUCUACCUGUCGCUACUCUUUUCCCAAUUCACAGACAUCAGGAGGAAGGAUUUCCUAAUCAUGUUCCUGCACCAUGUGGCAACAAUCUCCCUCAUCAUAUUUUCCUAUGUGAACAACAUGGCGCGAGUGGGAACUCUGGUCAUGUGUCUGCAUGACGCAGCCGACGUGCUGAUAGAGGCUGCCAAGAUGGCCAACUAUGCCAAAUGUCAGAUACUGUGCAACCUCCUGUUUGCAAUGUUUGCAAUACUCUUCAUAAGUUCCAGGCUGGGAGUUUACCCCGUCUGGAUUUUAAAUACCACUUUGUUCGAGAGUUGGGAAAUCGUAGGGCCCUACCCAUCCUGGUGGGUCUUCAACCUGCUUCUGAUCCUGCUGCAGCUUCUCCACUCCUUCUGGUCCUACCUCAUAGUGAAGACAGCAUGCAGAGCCAUCUCCAAAGGAAAGGUGGGAAAAUGGAAUCCAUUACAUGUGUCAAAAGACGACCGCAGCGACAUCGAGUCCAGCUCUGACGAGGACGACAGCCCGCCGCCCGCCCAGAAGCACCACAGCAGCGCCACCAACGGGACCAACAAAAAUCACGGGACCAACGGCUACCUGACAGGAGUCCCGUAUCCUGAUGAACACUGACUCAGAUGAUGUCACAACAGUGGAGCUUCAGACACCGUCCAUUUAUCUGUGUGUGUGUGUGUGUGUGUGUGUGUGUGUGUGUGUGUGUGUGUGUGUAUGAUGGAGACAUGAACAUCGCCUGUCUGGAAGUAGAUUUCUGUGAAUGCAGUUUUGUUAUCGGUUCUUUACUAAUUUCCUCGCGCAAUUUCUUCUCUUCAUCUAUAUAUUUGCAUCAAACUGCACACGGUGAAAUAUCAAACGCACUCCUAUCAGUACAACCCACUCUGUUUAGCCGAUGAAUGACAGCAUUUGACUUUAUGGUGUAAGCAUGCUACUUUAACAUAUAGCAGUCUGGCAUACUGGGGGUGUGUUUUCUCCUCUGUUUGUGUCUUUCUAUGUUAUUUAUUUUUUAUAAAUAUGUUUGCAGGUUGUAGUCACUUAUCUAUUCUACCUUGAUGUCAGUGUUAAAGAUGAAAUAGUCUUGAACAACAACAACACGGCUGAUUUUUUGGAUUUUUUUCCCCUCUCACAUCACUCAUCACGAGUGUUAGCGAAAUGCUGAAGACCCGGGUUUACUUUUAAUGCUACACCCCCAAAGAUUUACCAGAACGGUGAUUGAGAUUGUCUUCACUCACGAAUGGAAUCGUAAUGUGAAGUUGACUCACAUUUUGGAAAUACAAACGUUCUCCACUCAAAUUGUAUAUGAGAUGUCAAUAACAGUAUUAUGUGUGUGCAUCAGAUAUGGCUCGAUGCUGUAUUCCCGUUUGAAGCAUUUUGUUAAGUAUUCUGGUACAUUUCUGGUAAGGAUUACAUGAAAGGCCAUUUGUCCUCUUAUGAGGCAGACGUGAGCUGUUUGAAUUAUUCAAUAAAAAAAAAACAUGACGAUUGCAAA